AUGCGAAUUGCGUUGCUGCUUUUGCUAAUAUCGGGAGUUCAUCAAGCGAAUUCUCUGUUCAAAGAUAGGCCAUUACGAACCAGGAAGGCAGCCACUGGGCCUUGUACUCUGAACGAAGACGGACUAAAAUGCAACGAAAAUGGAUACUACGAAACUGUUCAGUGCAAUAAGGAUUCAUGUUUUUGUGUUACUCCACACACUGGAUUGAUCGCUUUUGAAACAAGAACGAACAGUCCAAAAACAGCACCAAAAUGUGGAGCAUGCAUUGGUUACCUUCAGAAGCUAUUCGCCAAUGGAGAUACACCAGAUAAUAGCUUUAUUCCAAAAUGUGAUGUGGCAAAAGGUGGGAUUAAUAUNNAGAGUCGGGUAACGGGUCCGUUCGCAGUUUACCUGUGGACAGGAACAGAGAUGAAUUGGCUCAAAGUUUAA